UUUCUAGCCAGUGUGGGAUAGUGUGGGAGCGUGGGAGUGUCGGUUCUUCUACUCCGCUUCAGCACUCAGUGAUCAGUCGGUCUGUGCCAGUCUGUGAUCUGUGGUCACGACUGCGAAACGUCAGAGGCACGUCCGUUCCGACUCGUAAGUCGCGAUCGCUGUCAAAGGCAGGAGGACUGUGGUCGACUGUCACUGACUGUCCUUACCAAGGAUCACAAGGAUGGCUUCAUCCCCGAGAAGUCCUGUAUCUGCUGAUGGGUAUCAGCGUUUCGAUGAUGAACCGAAUGUUACUUUGCGGUUGGAGGGAUCCUAUGGAGCGAGUCCAAGUAAGAAUUUUUCACGUUCCGGUAAAGGAAUGAACUCGGAUGCAAAAUAUAGCUUAUGGUGAAUCCUAAUGAUAUUGACGAAAGAGAUAGUUGGAUUGGGUAGAGGCAAUUGAACUCGGUAUCAGAUCUUCAAGUCUGACACAAAACUCUUGUCCAUUCAAUUAUUAAACUAGGUAAGAUGAUGAUACUUUACACUUUGUGAUAUGGAGAGACUAACUCAUCAAUGGUUUAUCUAGUUGGAUAAAAACUGCAACCUCUCCAUUUUGGUUCACUCAUAUCCAUGAUAAUUUCAAACUGUACCCAUGUCACUGUUUUAUCCUAAUGAAGUUUAUGUCUAAAUACAAUAUUACAUCAUGAUGGUGAUUUAUAAAAUGGAUCUUGUUUCUUCGAAGAAUUUUCAUCACAGUGUUUGUGUAAUUUUGCUUCGAUUACUUCUUUAAAAUCUUACUGUGUAUAUGUCAUAUUUGAACAGCAUAAGAUCCGUCAAGACACAAUGUCACUAAUUUCAUCUACCUAUGCAUCUGCCAAAGGUUGAGGGAAUGCAUUAAUAUACACACAUGAUCGAUGUAUUCUUUCCACUGCAUUCAAACUUUUCUAUACUAAUAGCUGCAAAUCACCGUCAACUGUUAGAAUAUCUAAAUGCAGUCAAGUCAAUAAGUUCAGUGUCAAUUGUUGACUGUUCAAUCGGUUUAUGUCAGUGAUACCAUAGAUAUAUUGAACCUGAUACAUCUAUUUAGACACACGAGGUGCUUAUAAACCUUUUCUAAAAAUGUACUCUACUGAGAAGUUGUUCAUCAAGUACAUGAAAACCCAAAAAAAGACUUGUCGAAGAUAAGAAAUUCCCCAAGGAACAUUCAGCAUUUGUAGUGUUGUACUAUUUUUCUCUGCUUGUCUUCCUCUAUAAAAAUAAACAAUGUUAUGUACAAUCAAACUGAGACAUUGCAUUGUACUGUUCUUUGACAUCCCUUUUACUUUCCAAGAACUUCAAGUGGUGUAAAGAUAGAAAUCAGAACUAAAAAUAAUUUCAAAAUCACACUCAAGCCCAACAUUUUUGGCUUACAUUUCGCCCAAACUCAAAUAAACAAAUAUAGAAAAAAACUUGACAUUUUUUUAUGGUCAAAGUAUGAAAGUCUUUAAUUGAUACCCAGUCCAAUUUAAAUGUGCUGUUUGAAUCCAUAGUGUGUAAUAUAGUGAUAGAGUUAUGUUUAUCUUGCUGUACAUACAAGCUUAUAUCUUGAGUCUGCACGAUUGUUACUUAGUAUCAAAAGUUACUUCCCAUUAAUACUUGAAAGUCCUUCUAGUGAAAGUUAUUUUGUGAAUUUGGUAAAAGAGAAAGAAGCAUUCAAUAACAAACCUAGAUAUAUCGCUCAUUCCCAAUCUUAACAGUAUGAUGUCAUCCACUUCUAUAUGAUUCAUUUCAACAUUGACUUAUAAGUUCAUUAAUAUUCUGAGGAAUUAUUAAGUCUUUCGUAUUUCAUUUCAAAGGUGUUGAUAAUAAAUUUGAGACUAAUUGUAAAGUGUAUUUGACGUUGGUUUUGUAUUUAAAGAAAUUGUAUGUUAUGAAAAGUUUUUGCUAAAUCUGUGUACUCCAAUUAAAAGUUUAGCAGAUAUUAAGCUAGUGCUGAACAACAAAAUGUUAUCAUAAGUUUGCAGAAACUCACAACUAUUAUUUUAUCAUCUUUCAUGUAACUUGAGAAAUGGUGGCUGUUCUUUAACGUUUGAUCAAGUAACAGAUCAAGUAUUUUCACAUCAACGCGACAGCUGCAUUAAUCUCUGUGAAGAUCACGGAAAUCAUCUGCCAGUGCACUCAACUUUGGAGGAAGGCUUUUGCUGCUAACGCAUGCUUGUCUCAUUCCUGCUGCGUGCCUUUAAUUUUUUCUAGAAUAUGGAUCUAUGUUGUCUUGCCCUUCUUCAGACAGCAGAAACAGGAUGACCCCAAGGCAAAAUAUGGAUACGCCCAAUGAAGUAAGUCAGAGGAUUGGAGUUGGCGCCAUGGAUAAUGAAGGUUUAUCAGAAAAUGCCACCUUAGCUAGAUAUACUGUGGGCUUGGAUGCCGACAUGCACUGGGAAAUGAACUAUCACGAAGCUGCUAUAUUUCUUGAAGCAGAAACAAUGAAAAGUUUGAUUCGCAUCCAAGACAUCCUGAGGAUUUGCCGGCUUAUCUUCUAGUGCAUAACAGCUGGUAUUAUGGACUAGACCUAUUGACUUCCCUGAUUUUAUUAGCCUUGGCCUUUGUAGAAGAACCAGCUGUGCCGCUUUUCCAGCUACCAGUGUGGGCACAUGGAUCCAUAGAGCUUAUGGCUCUAAUCAUAAUAGGAAUAGAAUUAGCUUUGAAACUAAGAUGGAUUGGAUGGGGAACUAUUUUGAAACACAAGCGAACGAUGAUCAAGUGUAUGACAUUAGCCAUAAUGUUUGUUGAGGCAAUGACUGUAUUAGUACGACAAUCUUCCCACUUCAGGGUAACUCGUGCAUUACGCCCAAUAUUUUUAGUGGAUACUAAAUAUUGUGGAGGAGUUCGGAGGUUCAUCAGACAGAUAUUACAAACCCUACCACCAAUCUUAGAUAUGUUGGGGCUACUUUUAUUUUUUAUCCUCACAUACAUGGUACUUGGUUACUAUAUGUUUGCUGAGAUGAACAGAAAUUUCGAAACAUUACAGGACAGCUUUGUCAGCCUCUUUGUUCUACUCACUACUGCUAACUUUCCAGAUGUCAUGAUGCCGUCCUAUUCUAAAAGCAAAUGGUAUGCGAUUUACUUUGUUUCCUACCUUUGUACAAUGUUGUACGUCAUGAUGAACCUGAUGUUGGCUGUAGUGAACGAAACUUUUACAACGGCGGAACGUGAUAAAUUCAAAAAGUUAUUGCUUCACAAAAGGAGAGCCUGUCAACAUGCAUUUAAGUUGCUAGUAUCCAAGCAAAAUCCUGACAAGAUGCAAUUUAGACAGUUCAGGGGGUUGAUGCGAUACUACGCUCCACAGAAGUCUAUCAGAGAUGUGCUGUUGAUGUUUCGUCACAUGAACGUGGCUGGCAAUGGUACCUUAAGUUCGGACGAGUUUAUCGAAGUAUAUGAUGCCACAACACUUCAAUGGGAUCCACAGUAUUCCAGUAUACCAUGGUAUCAUGCUGCUUGGCAACCGUUACAAAUUCUCUGUAAAGGGGCACAUGCUGCAAUAGUAUGGCCAUACUUUGAAACACUUGUGUAUGGUGUAAUCAUUGGCAAUGGUGUAGCUAUGGUGGCCAGGCUAAUCGAACCAGCCUCAAGUUUACAACAGUCCGCGCAUGCAUUUGCUGCAAGUUGGGAUACAUUCUUAUUCGUAUCAUUAUUUCUUUUGGAAGCUUUCAUAAAAGUGUUGGGACUUGGGACGCGACGAUAUUUGAGUUCUGGGUGGAAUCUGUUUGAUUUGGGUGCAUCCGGUUUGGCACUUGGGGCCGGAUUUUGCCUGUUGUUAUUUCCCGCAGCUACAUUCUUUGUUGUAAUCAGGCCACUGAGAUUACUUACACUAUUCAAAAUUAAGAAAAGAUACAGAGAUGUCUUUGGAACUUUGGUAAUACUAUCGCCUUUAAUGUGUUCAACCGCCAUUGUCAUGUUGGUGCUUUAUUACUUUUUUGCGAUAAUCGGAAUGGAAUUAUUCGCUGGAUAUGAUAUGCGAAAUUGUUGCAUUAAUACAACAGUAGAAGAUUUCUACAAAUAUUCAGCAAACGGAAGUACAGCAUUGGGUUAUUAUUACCUGAAUACAUUUGACAACUUGAUGGCAAGCGGCAUGACUUUAUUCGAAUUAACGGUCGUAAACAAUUGGUUCAUAUUGAUGAAUGCUUAUGCAUUCACUGUUGGAUUAUACACGCGAGUGUACUUCAUGGUCUUUUACCUUUUUACAAUGAUAGUGCUUACCAUUGUAGUCUCCAGUUUCCUGGAAGCAUUUAGAUUCAGAAUUCAGUACAAAAGGUCAACGUCCAAACGAGAUGAGGAAAAAAUGCUGCAUGAAGAAGUGGAGCUCAGGUGGGACGAGGUGCGGUCCGUUGUCCAGGAUUUCUAUUUAUUGGAACAGCUCAGAUCUGCCUUGGUUGUUGGCGGUAUAACAACAUUCAUUGGAUCUCGUCCUCGAACUCGGGAGGUUCUUCAGCAUAGGAUGUACACACACGAAAUAUACGAAUGGUUAGCUGAAGCGGAAAUGGAAGAAAAGAGAACUGGUUCGGGUCCAAUUGGUAGUUUUGACGAGCUUGAAUCGGGAGAUGUUAUUCUACGUGGUGAUCAUGUAAUAUUAAAUGGGCAGAGUUUAUCACCUCUACGUCAAAAUGGUGCUACAAGUCCGACGUAAUCAACUAAUCAGAGAUAGUUCUUUCUUUACCAUUGUAAAGAGACAGUUUCUUCACUGUUUGAUAGUAACGGAAUGUUGUAUCGGAUACCCAUCCAAAUUUAUAUACUGACGAGUCACAUUGACACACAUACUACAUAAGGAAAUCUUUGCUUUCAUGGAAAGAAACCACAGACCGUUUGGAUAUUAAUAGAUAAGGGUGGCUGAUAGAUUAGCUAAUACCUUUGGUGGAUAGUAUUAAUUUAUUCCAUGAUUUUAUUAAUCGCCAUUAUGAUCCAUAUGGCAAACAAACUACACUAAACUCUCGUAUGCUGCGCAGUUUAACUUUAUUUUGCAGAACAACGAUAAGGUAUCUUCUAAUCCAAGAGUGCAAUACCUUCACAAUCCAAGUCUGUAUAAAGAUAUCACUUGGAUUCAGGCACAUGAAUUGAUUUUAUACUAGUUUCCCAUUUAUGAAUUUCACUUUCUUUCGCGAUACUCAAGCUCCAAGCAAUGAAAUGAUCAAUCGGAAUUUCUAGGUUUCUAAGAAUUAUCGCAUAUCAUAUUAUGCAUCCUUGUAAAUCCCAAAUUUUAAAAAAGGAGCUGUGAACGAAGGGUUCAGAACCAAAAGGUCAAGUAUUGUAUAAGAAUAUAAUUGAUGGUUGUAUUUACAGUGACAGUCACAUAUAGUUGCUUCAUGAUUAGAUUACAUUAGUUUCAUUAUUGACUUUAAUUUUCACCAAAACUUCUGUGAAAAGUUGUCAAAUAUGUUUUUUACUUAAUAUCAUGACUCGCACCCAUUUAUUAUCGCAUAUAAACAUAUUUAUUCUGUAAUCGAUUCCCGGUUAUGCAUGGAUACAAAAAUGUACAUAAAUAUCCAAAUCGCGCAUUAUAAUUUAGUUGAACUAAAUUUUAAUUUAUAUAAAAGCAUUAACGGUACUGUAUUCGUAGGCAUCUAUAUUAUACAUGCUUAUAUUAAGUAUACAAAUCUAUAUCUGAAUUACAUCGUGAUAUAAGUUUCAUGUAUAGGUAUACUAUAAUAUAAUCAUGUUAUCAUCACUCAACCAUUUAGAAACAGUAUUUCAAUGUUUGUAGGCUAGAUCGUUAUUGUGAGAUAAAAAGUCUUGCAAAUGAAAAUCAUAUUUUCAUAAAUCUUUGAAGAGAUUUUAUCCCCCACUUUUAUUUAGAAUUGUAAAUUAAUUCAAAUAGAUCUGCAGGCUGUGUUCAAUUCAUUUUUUGUUCCAACUAUCACCCGAUUGGCAACUUCUAUCUACAUGAAAAUUCACAACUAAGGAACUUUACUGUUGUGACAAAAAAGUUAUUGUUGUGCAGGGUGCACAACUUUCACAAUUCAUCCGAAUUCCAUGAAUGAAACAGCUAUCACUAUUUAUAGACAAUGAUUAUACUUAUAUAUUAUAAUAUAUUGAGUCAGAUCUUCUGACAAUAAUCCAGAAGAGACAAAAUGAAUACUAUUUUAAUAGGUAUUUAAAUUUUAAUUGCAAGAGAAUAUUUCCAUAAUUUGGUACCUAGUAAAUUCGGUACUUUAAUUUCCGUUGGUUUAAUACUCAAAGUGAAGAAUUGUAUCAAAAAAUGAUAUUCAAAAACGGCAUAAACAUAUGUACUCAAUGUUUUAAUGUAACUGGAAUGAACUGAAAAGGUUUUUAUUUAUUGUUCUAUCAUCAUUUUUACUGACUCUAUACUCCAAAGUUUUCGAUGUUACGAACUAUUGAAACGAUUGUCAACUGUAAUAACUUUAUUUAUAUCGCUAUUGUCCGAUUUACAAUAAAACAUAGUAAUCGAAA